UCAUACUUCAAAUUUUCAGGUCUAUUAUUACAUACCAGCAGCACCACCAGAGCGAAGAAAUCCCGGUGGAGCAAUCCAUCAAGCGUAUAAACGGCUGAGAACCGCAUCAAGAGAACGCCAGAAACGUGAACAGAUUCAUCAGGAAAAGCUUGAUCAGAAUGAUGGAAAAUCUGAAGACGAUGCCUCGGUAUCAGAAGCAAUUAAAUGGCUUGAUCUUAAUGACGCGCCGUGGGAUUUAGUGCUUCAAAAGUGGAUUAAAACCUCGAAAAGACGAUUCACUGACAUUAAGCAGCUCAGAGGAAAUGAUAUUUUUAAGAAAUAUCGUCAUUAUGCCACUAACUAUGGAUUUCAAUUGAUCGACGAGGAUUUUCGUUCUAUGGGAUUUCAGGAGGGCAUACGUGGAUGGCCUAAAAUAAUUUCAAAAUUAAGACCAAUCUUUGUACUAAAGGUGAAGGAUCAAUAUUCACUUUCCGUGCUGGAACAUAUGAUUCGCGCUGAUACUUCUGAAGAUACACAAAUCUGCUGUUUCAUGGUUUUACUAAAUUGUUGUGUACAACCAUGCAAAACGACAAAAACCUUCAAACCAGCUAUUUUGACGGCACAACAAGACAUAUUGCUGUUUGCUCCCAAUAUCGAUGAAGCAAGAGUAGUUAUUCAAGACUUGUUUGAAGCAUACCACGAUCAUAAAAUUCCGCCUUAUCCAAAAAUUGUCAUUAUUGGGCGUGACUUCCAAUCGUUUAGCAAUAAUUUUCACGUGGUUUAUUAUCAAAUACCAUUCUCUAAAAUCACAAAGCUAGUGUGGUAUAGUAUACAGGAAAUCUUGUACGACAUUCGAAGUCCAGCGCAGUACAAAGACGUCGAAAAUAUUAAGAAAAUCUGUCAAUGAUGAUCAGAUGUUUUCAACACAACUGUCAACAAGAUUUCAAUACUAUCGAUGAAUAUGUUGCACAUCUCAAAGGCCACAACUUGAAGGAUACCCGUGAAUAUAAAUGUACUUAUCGAAAUUGCCCUCAAUCACUGUCUUCAUUCUACAAAUUACGACGACAUCUUGAAUGCCACUCGAACGAUGGAAUCCAACAGAUGAACGACUGUCCAAGUUCUUCGAAAAUGCUGAAGAGUGACGAGCACGAAGUUGGAUCUGUGUUAGAUCUUGAAAAGGACAAGAGCGCAGAUGAAACAGCAUGCCCCUCAACAUCAAAUGCAGACAAACUGCAGAGUUCCUUGAGUGAUUUGGAUCAUCUUGCCAUAAACUUCGUUAUUGAUCUUCAUAGGAAGCGAAAUUUCAACCGCAAAGAUGUUACCGAUAUUCUCGGUGGCAUUCGCUCAGUGUAUUCUAAUCUCGGCGAUUUGAUUGCGUCAUCAGCUCCUGCAUCACAAGAUGGGCAAGAACAGUAUACUUUCGAUACAUACGUUAAAAAAGUAUCGAAUAUAUUCGAGUUCGUUGAUACAGAGUAUAAACUGCUGAAGUAUCUCGAGGAAGCUGAUUUAUACAAGAGCCCUGAUGUAUACGUUGUCAAUAUCGAUAAAGUAGAACUAUGCAAAGAAGUCUCCGAAAAAAAAACACAUCUAGUCAUGACCAAUCUGAAAUUUCAAAUUAGGAAAUUUUUCGAAGUUGAUAACAUUUUAAGCGACACUUUAAAGAACAUGGAAAAUCUAAAACAAAAUUCAAACCUACAAAAUUUUGUAAAUGGUGCACUUUAUCGGUCUGUCGAGGAAAAAUAUGCAGGGAAAAUAGUUAUGCCUGUUUUUUUAUAUAGCGACGAAUUUGAGAUCAAUGACCCGUUAAGCGCCCACAAUAAACGACAUUCCAUUUGUGCAUUGUACUAUAGUUUUCCAACCCUGCCAAAUCAAUAUACUGCCAAAUUAUCUAAUAUCUUUAUCGCCGGGGCAAUCAAGAAAGUAGAUAUAUCUGAACACGGAAUUGACAAGUUAAUACAACAUGUUGUAACUAGCUUCCAGGACAUAGAAUCUAAUGGUAUCGUAAUACAUACAAAGACGCAAGAGUAUCAUGUGUAUUUUUCGCUUAUGUUAGUACAAGGGGACAAUUUAGGAAUUCAUCAAAUGUUAAAAUUCUCCGGGUCAUUCGCUGCAAAUUUGUAUUGCAGAUUUUGUACCAGAACAAAAGAUGCCCUGCGUUCAGAUACAGUUGAGUACGAAGACAGUCUUCGGAAUGUUAAAGAUUAUGAAAGAGAUGUUCAGCUAAAACAAUCCGAGUCGGGAUUGACAGGAAAAUCUUUGUUCAACUCGUUAGAUUCAUUUCAUACUAUCAAAAACUACUAUGCAGAUAUAAUGCAUGAUCUAUAUAGUUCUGGUGUUUGUUCAUUUGGCUUCACAGAAGUGCUGAACUAUUGCAUAUAUAAAAAACGAUUCUGUACACUAGAUGAUGUCAAUAACAGAAGAAAAAUGUUAAAUAACUAUAAGUUGGAGCAAGGUCUGAGCCGUAUGCCGGAUAUAGAAGGGACAUUCUUGAAAACAAGUAAGGAAAGAUCGGUCGUACUGCGUAUGACAGCGAGCGAAAUGGCAGUAUGUAUUUUCAAACUUUUUCUGCUUCAUAGUCGGACCUUUUGUCCCUUUGGAUGAUCCAGUAUGGAAGUUCGCCACUAUAUUGAUCAAACUACUCGACAUAAUCAAUCUUCCAUCAUAUUCAUACCAAGACAUAGAUUUGCUAAAGCAAUUAGUUACUGAGCAUCAUACUUUAUAUUUAUCAUUAUUUGAAAAACAUUUGAAGCCAAAACACCAUUUCCUAUUACAUUAUGCAAGAAUAAUAGAAAACAGCGGACCUCUUAGGAAAAUGUCUUGUUUCAGACACGAGGCUAGGCAUAGAGAUUUUAAACAAUAUUUCAAUAGCACUUCCUCUAGGAAAAAUGUAUGUUUCACUAUGUGUUUGAAAGCAUCUCUCAUGUUUUCGUAUGACAUCACAAAUGAAGUAUUUUUUAAAUUGAAUUGCAAAGGUCAUUUUAAUUUGAGUAGAUUGGACACUAAAGAAUAUUAUAAAACUUUAGUAAACAAAAAUUUGUUGAAUGAUCAAGUUGAAGUGUUGUUUAGCCAGAGCUUCAGUUAUAGAAACAAAAUGUAUAGGACAGGAAACUUUCUCACCGUUUCUCUUGGUUCAAAUAUCGAAGUUUAUCAAAUCGUAGAAAUCAUUAAAUAUAAAGAAGAUUUUUUUUAUAGUUUCUCGAUGGAAAAUUAGGAGCUUCAGUGAGCAUUAUCAAGCUUACUGUGUAGGGGAUAAAUAUAACGAGCACUAUUUGUUAAAUAUUACUAUAGUUGAUGGACCUCCGGUAGCCCUUGAAAAUGUUAAUGAUGUUUUAAUGUUAAGGAGGAAGUUAUUUGUUUAUAACGAUUUUGA